AUGGCCUCCGCUUCGGCCGCUAGUGCCUUUCCACAGCAGGGUAAUCUUGUGCCACCAGCUCGCAGAAGCUUACCACAGUCAUUGCGAAGAACCCAGCCUGUCCCGCCGCGUUUACCCCACCGACUCCUUCUCUCCUUCUCAACCAACCAUAGCCGAGUUGAGUGCCCAGAUGGCUCAGCUCCUACAGAUGCAGACUUUGGCCCCGAAUUUAAUCCUGAAUCAGGAUCCUUUUUUGACGACCCAGACCCCGACCCCGACUAUGACGACGACGACGACCUUGACUCCGACUCUGACAACGACCUCGACCCCCACUCCGAUGAUGACUCCGACCCCGACCCCGAAUUUGUCUUUGAUUCAGAUCCCGAUCCCGACUUCGACUCCGACUUCGACCCCGACUCAGGCUCAGAUCCCGAUCUGAAUUCCUACUAA